AUGCACCGUCCUAUUCUGCCACCCAUCUCCCGCAUUCGAAGGAGUACCUCCUCGACAGCAAACACGCGCCAUCUAAUGAGCCUGGCUGGCUUCACAGAGAACCAACUUAUGGUCCGCGAUGCCGUCGGCCAGAUAUGCGCUGAAUUUCCCAAUACGUACUGGCAAGAGCACGACCAAAAUGAACAAGACCCGAAAGAGUUCCACACCGCCCUUGCCAAGGCUGGCUGGUUAGGUAUCGCUCUUCCGGAAUCACUGGGCGGCUCAGGUCUGGGUAUCUCGGAAGCGGCCAUGAUGAUGCAGACUAUCGCAGAGUCGGGUGCUGGUAUGGCGGGUGCUCAGUCCAUACACGCUAAUGUCUAUGCGACGCAACCCCUCGCAAAGUUCGGGACGAAAGAACAACUCGAAAUGACAAUUCCAAAGAUUAUAUCUGGGGAUUAUCGUGUAUGCUUUGGUGUCACGGAGCCGAAUUCCGGACUUGACACUCUUCGUCUCGAGACAACAGCGAAGCAGAACUCGGAUGGGUCUUACAGCGUAACUGGCCAAAAGAUCUGGAUCACUUGUGCUCAGGUCGCUUCUAAAAUGAUUCUUCUUGCCCGGACUACACCACUAGAUCAAGUCAAAAAGUCAAGUGAAGGUCUCUCGCUUUUCUGUAUCCAUCUGGAUCGCACUCAACCAGGUCUCACAAUGCGGAAGAUCAAGAAAAUGGGUGGCAGAGCCGUCGAUGCUAAUGAAGUCUUUUUUGACAACUACCAGAUCCCAUCCUCCUCUCUCAUCGGUGAACAGAACAAGGGCUUCAAGAUGAUCCUCCACGGUAUGAACGCUGAGCGAUGCCUUCUAGCCGGCGAGGCCCUCGGCCUCGGGUACGCAGCACUUGCCAAAGCCAGUGGAUACGCCCGCGAGCGUGUCGUUUUUAAGCGACCAAUCGGCAUGAACCAAGCCAUUGCUCAUCCUCUUGCGGAUGCAUACAUGAAGCUCGAAGGUGCGAAACUGGCUACGUAUCACGCCGCGAGAUUGUACGACCAAAGUAAAACAGAUGCUUCAGUCAGACAGGACGACAUUGGCGUUGCAGCGAACAGUGCAAAGUACAUGGCUGCUGAAGCGGCGUUUACAGCUUGUGAGAGAGCGGUUCUGACGUAUGGUGGCAUGGGCUACGCGAUGGAGUAUGAUGUCGAGAGGUGGUUCAGGGAAUGUCUUGUUCCAAGGAUCGCACCUGUAAGUAGGGAGAUGAUAUUGAACUAUAUCAGUGAGAAGGUACUUGAGUUGCCCAGGAGUUACUAG